AUGGACACGUCGACCACGAACGCCGCGAACGUGACGAACAUAGCCCUGGUCGCCAAACAACCUCCUCCUGAAAAGGCUGAAGCUAUCAGCCUGAGAACGAAGAUCAUCCUAUCUUUCUGGGCUGUAAUAGUGGUCCUAGGUCUUCCAACAUGGUGGCAGACCACUACAAUCUAUCGAGCCAAUUUGCCGCUUCAGGAAAUGCUCAAUUGGGCCGAGGGAGUGAAUACUCCUACAGCGAUCCCGUUGCACGUCUGGAUAUCAGCCCCGAAUUAUUCCUGCUCCGAUGCGCAGGCAAUAGUGCGAGAUACCCAGCAAGCCCUCGACGAUCUUAAUGAAUACCCAACACUGCACCAACGACUACAUCUGGUGAAGGGACUGUCCGGUGCAAGAGACGAUGGACAGAACGAAGGGGGGGCAAGCACAAGCUGUGGUGAAGAUCCUUUCAGUGUUGGUCUGGGAGAUCCAGCAUUAAAAGUGUCCCUCGAGCCAACCACCGAAAGCUUUACAUUCAACUUGGACGAGGUGUCUGCCACGGUCGUUGUCCGCAUCCCGCCUGGUCCGUCGAUCGGUGCCUCGAAGCAUCUCGCGGGGGCACUCCAUGAGAUAUUCAGGGACGAGCAAAUUGCAUCAGCUCUACAAGCUGUGUCUCUAGCCAGUCACAGCCAAAAUGCACAAGCCUUUCUGAGAUCACAACCAUAUGAUCUUGUCACCGGGAUUGAGAGGCAGAUCAAUCGCGCCUACAAGUCUUCCCCUCAAUUCCACCUGACCUUCUCCCUUUUCACCGCGAGUGGCGCCCCAUCCAGCUGGGAUGUUCAAGAGGCUUUAGAGGAUCACAUCCAACCUCUUGUACAAGCUCUAUCAAAUACCGCCAAAUUCGAAGUGACUACCCAGAUCCAGUUGUAUUCGAGCUUUUCUCCAUCGAUUCGACCGGCGACGCGAGAGGGACAGGAUGCGACUUUUCUGGAGCAAAAGGAUCUGACAGCAUUUGUGAAUGCGGCAGAGUGGCCAUUGGCGCCAUCCAUUGGAGAUGGGCCUACCCUCAACUUCAUCGUCUACGUUCCAACCCAACAUCAAAUACCACUGUUGAUCGAGGGCAUUGACGGAACAUCCUGGCUGAUCCCUCAAUGGGGCGGUAUUCAGAUCCUCAAUCCACCUUUAUAUCCACACCCGAGUACCGGUGCCAUGACCAUUCCCGCACAUCUCGGUAAAGACUUGUUGCGACAACCAUUUGAAACGUUUUCAUCACAACUAUUAUCAUUGCUGGGUGUUCGAUCUGACGGCUCAACACAAACCUUGCCACUCCAACUUCGCUUGGAUGCCUUCCAGCGUUUGUCCGCGCUCACUCUCUAUCUCAAGGCGGCAUCAAGUUUAGGUUCUUUGUCUAGACUGGCACAACGUCUGAGCAACAUCCCUAUCCCAAGAAAUGUUGCCCAAUUGGUUGAUGAUACAAUAGGAAACCUUACCGCUUCUCGUCAUGCUUUUCUUGAGAGUAGAUGGGAUUCGGCCCUCGCUCACGCCAAAGUUGCUUUCAUGGACAGCGAAAAGGCUUUCUUUGACAAAUCCAUGGUCGGCCAGGUCUAUUUCCCGGACGAACACAAAGUGGCUGUCUACCUGCCUCUGCUGGGUCCCAUUGGAGUUCCGUUGCUUGUGGGUCUUUUGAAAGAAAUUAAACGAAUCGCUUCCACCAAGCAGGCAGCCACGAGCUAG